AAUGUGGGAAUUGCCGCGGAUGUGGUUGCUGCUGCUUCUGCCCUGGGAAAAUGCCUUGAUAAGGAAUUAACACCAUUCAGUGAUGGGCUGUGGGACCAGCAAAGUGCUUCCCGAGCCCCCCAAAGAUGUCCAGCUAGACCUGGUUAAAAAAGUUGAACCUUACACAGGCUACAGUGAUAUAUACAAACAUUUCAUCAAAGAUGACUGCGGGACUGUCAUCAAAGCUGGCUCCCCCUCACCUCCCCGUCACGCUAACCCCUAUCCUGGGAACCACCUCCCUGCCCACGUGGACCAGCCCGAGCCCCGUAAGAACAAGGUGGCUAAAUACCGCGCCAAGUUUGACCCCAGAGUGACGGCCAAGUACGACAUUAAAGCUCUGAUCGGGAGAGGGAGCUUUAGCCGCGUGGUUCGGGUGGAGCACAAAGCCACCAAGCAGCCCUACGCCAUCAAGAUGAUCGAGACCAAAUACCGGGAGGGGAGGGAAGUGUGCGAGUCGGAGCUCAGCGUGCUGCGGCGGGUGCGGCACACCAAUAUCAUCCAGCUUAUCGAGGUGUUUGAGACCCAGGACCGCGUCUACAUGGUGAUGGAACUGGCAACGGGAGGAGAACUGUUUGAUCGAAUCAUCGCUAAAGGGUCCUUCACCGAGAGGGACGCCACGCGCGUGCUGCAGAUGGUGCUGGAUGGCGUCAGGUACUUGCACACGUUGGGGAUCACGCACCGGGACUUGAAACCAGAGAACCUGCUGUACUACCACCCGGGAACGGAUUCCAAAAUCAUGAUCACGGACUUUGGGCUGGCGAGUGCUCGGAAGAAGGGAGACGAUUGCCUGAUGAAAACCACGUGUGGGACCCCCGAGUACAUUGCUCCCGAGAUCCUGGUCAGGAAGCCCUACACCAACUCUGUGGACAUGUGGGCGCUGGGCGUUAUCUCCUACAUUCUCCUGAGCGGCACGAUGCCCUUUGAAGAUGACAACCGCACCCGUCUGUACCGGCAGAUCCUGAAAGGGAAAUACAGUUACUCGGGCGAG